GUUUUAUUGUAGGGCUGAAAACAAAAGAUAACGGUCGCUCUAUCUGCAUUAAUAUCAUUUUAUCCGUGUGACUGUACGGCCAGAGAUAUGUAUAUAUUUUUACCUCGCGUCUAACGCACUACAGUCGCGUCCACCGUCGAAUAAACACCACAGUGACAGUGAAUAUUGACCUGCGUGAUAUAAAAACAAUGCGUGUUCACAGUUGAGGAAGCUGACAAUUUUAUUGUGACGUGCGGAACGGCUCUUUUAUAUUGUUAUCUUUGUGAAUACAUACGAACUCUAGUGCUCAGUUAAAAUGACGGUGCCAUCGAUUCCCCAAAUACUUACAGAACUGAAGAUGACACAAGAUGAACAGCAGCCCAGAAAACGCCCCGUAUACACAUGGUGGGUGGAUUCCUGGAGAGGAAUCCUCUCUGAGUUCAUCUCCACGAUGAUGCUCGUUUUAUUCGGCUGCAUGUCUUGCUUACCAAUGGAAGGAAUCAACUUAACCAUAUAUCCACCCUUCGGGUUUGGUUUCGUAGUCUUGUUCAACAUUCAAAUCUUUGGACAUAUUUCUGGAGCAUACAUGAACCCAGCGGUGACUUUAGCGACUGUAAUCUGGGGGAGUAAGUCCAUACCCAUCGCAAUUUUAUAUGUACUAGCCCAGUGUGCCGGAGCUGUGCUCGGUUACGGGAUCUUAGUAGCAUUAUCACCAUUUGACUUGGAAGUUGAUAGCGUAUGUGUGACUAUGCCAUUCUCUGGUUUAACGGACCUACAAGCAGUGGGAAUUGAAGCAGCGUUAACCGCAGCACUUAUUUUGAUUAACUGUGGUCUGUGGGAUCCAGCGCACGCGAAUAAACAAGACAGCGCCCCGAUAAAGUUCGGUUUGACAAUUGUUGGACUCGGCCUCGUGGGAGGACCACUGACGGGGGCAAGCAUGAACCCUGCAAGGACCCUUGGACCAGCUGUUUGGACGGGCAGAUGGGCCCGACAUUGGGUAUACUGGGUUGGACCAUCUAUCGGUAGCUUCUUGUCAGUUCUGUUUUACAAAAAAGUGUUUUUAAAGAAAUACGAAUAAAUUAGAACUGUGGUAGUUAAUGAAACGGUUACUACUAGUAUCAAAAGUUGGGCACUUAAAGCUAGAUACGAAUUUCUAGACGUUGGUUUUGUAUAAACUAUAAUAUGUAUAAUAACAUAUACUGGGUGUUGUUGGUUUUUGCACAGACGUUGUUCAAACAAAGCAUAAACUAUCGAUAUAUCAGCGACUGAUAAUAUUCGGACAUCGCAAUACCCAAGGCCAUAUACCAAUAGUUAAUAUACAUAUAGUUUUGAAAGACUUAAUGAGGUUGAAGCUGUGUUCAAUACAUUGCUUCUAAUACUUCGUUUCUAUUUAAAACCUAUUUAAUUUAAAUAUAUUAAUAAAUAAUUUAUUAUCAGUAUUUUUAUCUCAACGUGUAAAAUUAUUUAGUACGUUUAAUUUGAAGACGAUUUCAUAUAGAUUAGAUAAUUAUUUGUAGACUUUAAAAUACUCUUGUAGUGGAUAACCUGGCUUAUGUUUGUUACGAUCAUAUAGGAUUUUUUUUUAUCUUCAUUCAAAGCAUGUAGUUUCUGAUUCAAUCUAUUGUGCGAAAUCAUUUUAUUCUUAUCAUCAAAUUCAUUUCCUUUGCUAAUGAAAGUAGUUACUUGUAAGUGUUUAUGAUGAUUAGACUUAAGAAAUGGAGUGUUAAUUGGAUUUCCCAUAGGAAAUAAUGCCGUUAGAAUUCUAAUGGUACUUAAAUGGCAGACUCAUUGGCAUAGCUACGUCGGCAGAUACAUCUGUAGUUACUCUUAGGGAUAAUGAGAGAAAAAAAAGGAUGGGAAAGAGGUGGGACUUACAAGUUUAGAACCUUUUUCCUUGUAAUAAAGUCAAGUAAAACAGUUAUUAAGUUUUUACAUUUAGGCGAUGUUCAUAGUUUAAUGAAUUAAAAAAUAUGAGACAUAGGCCAAUUAAUCAAAAUCGGACAAAUUACUAACUGGUUUUUGGUUGAACUAUUAAUGUAGGUAAAAAUAGACAAAUUGACCUUGCCAGUCCCUCUGGUAAUUAUUGACUUAAAUAUUUAUUACAUUAAAACCUCUAACUCUAAUUUUAAGAUUGUAUUUACCUAUAUACAUAUUUUCGUAGACAAAAUAUCAUACACAUUUUUAUUACCUACAAUUUAACAUUUUUAUAUCAAUCUUACAAUUGUGGGAGUCGUCUUGGUAUCAGAGAUGCCAAUCGGCAAUGACCUUAAAAAUAAGGAAAAUACAGGCUCAAUACACGCGUUGCAUAUUCAACUUGCUGUAACAGUUAAAGGCCUGUUAUAUGAACUUAAAAAUCUUUUCAUAGUAAUUUUAUAUGAAGUCAAUGACACUCGAGUAUUUACUU